AUGCCCCUUUUCGCGGUGAAACAAUCGGUCCAUCCGGAAUGUGGUAUCAGCAACAACGCAGCAUGUCGGCGAUCUGCUGGUAUUCUGAGCCUUCCUUUGGAUACACUUAUUCAAGUCCUAUCCUUUGCGAAUCCACAAGACAUUAUAGCACUUCGGAAGACAUGUAGAGCACUCAUGAUCGCUACCUGCCAACGGAUUGUAUGGAUUAAUGCUCUACGAUUAAUCUGUGCACAACGGGGGAUAUACACUCGUUCGUUUCCUGUCAAGGAGAUGUCUCUUGUUCAAUUAGAACAUGCAGCCACGACUCCAUUCAGAUUCACUAGCCUUCUUCGACAUUCCUCGCGCUCCCAAAAAUCCCCUUCACCAACUACCGCCGCCAACUCCACGUUUUCAUCGUCUGCCCAUCCCGUGGCGAUUCGUCUUCUUCAACCACGCUUACCGAGGGACUUUGCUGGCGACGUUGGGAUUUUCGAGUCCUCCUACCUAGUCCCUGGUGGAAGGUUCCUCCUUACACGUUCUUCAAGAAAUCUCCUGCAAGUUUGGGACCUCGGCUACAGCGCUGAUAUGAUGAUCAAGCCUGAAAGUGUCGCGUCGCACCACUUAGGCGAUGGAGAGCUUCAAUUCGAUCCUGAUGCGCAAAUCACGCAAGACGGGGAAGGUCUCCUUGUGUUUUUGGCUUCAGAGAACGUGUUCAGGAUAUUCGAAGUCUACCCCCUCAGUGAAUCGCCGUCCUUUAGAAAGGUUGCAAGCAUCGAUGUCGUCCUUGGUGGGCGAUGCGUAUACGUCUUCACGUCGACUCUGAUCAUAUUCUAUAUGAACCGCCGCCUCACCGUUUGGGAUUACGUCGAAGACAACAUCAUUGCUGUAUCCAACUCCCAUGUCACCCUGUUGGACCAAGGGGGUUUCUCUAUUUACAAAAUACCACCCAUGCGGCCUCGCACUCAGGUCUAUCAGGCUCCACCCCAAGCUUACGUCUCACCCCAAGUGCCACUCCUCAGCGUGCAAUACCCCAUCAGCUCAGUUGUAAAAGUCGCGGACAAUUGGUCUUGGUAUACCUCCGUGAACGACAACCGGCCCGUUCACUUCGAUGUUCUAGGCGUCGGGCUUCCUAUCGCAUCUCCCGAAGCCGUCUCCUCCAGUGGCUCGUCGUACAUCUAUUCCCUCAACAACCCCUCAUACAGCGACCCAGAUGUCGUGGACAGCGAUAGUCUGGACGACGACAAUACAGGGACGAACGGCGGAGAGGCCCUCAUCAUCGCCAGAUACACACUCAAAAAGGUUAAGAAUCACCCCCGCGACGGCCUACCCGAAUACAUGCCGGUCCUCGUAGAACACGUUCGCCUAGGCGGCCACCUCCAACCCAAUGUCGAUAACGCUCGCUCUAUCAGGACCGGUAGUCGAGACCUAGUCCUCAUGUGGCCAUCGAUGCAAGGGAAGAAGCUCCUCGUGUACUACUCCGAUUUGGAAGGAAGUGGGCAGACGACUGGGGAUGUACCUUCGACCGAUGGUACUCCCGAUCGACAUGAUUCGGAUGAAGUACGCCCACCGAGGACAAGGCCAAGGCCAAGGAUUGCGUCAUUGGAGAUAUCAGGAAUGUUUUCUGGCGAAGUCAUCUGUUGUCCAUUCGCUGGUCGGGUGUGUUCCAUCGACGAACAGGGUACCAUUCAUGUCAUGGACUAUGUUCGGCCAGUCGGGUCGUAG